CUCGACGGAAGCAUCAUGAACCUGCCUCUGAUCAUCGUCCUGUUGUCGCUUUUGGCUUUAGCUAAAAGCAACCCCUUCUUCAUCGCUGCCGCAGCGACACAAGUCGUCGCGGCUAUCGUCAAAAUCGUCGACAGGACAGAACAGCGAUCGGUCAUCGUAGAGAACCACGGUCGUCACCACGCGCAUCUUUGGUGUGAAUCUAGGGACGACAAAAUUGGCGGCAGCGACGGUGUUUGGAUCGCACCAGGGAAGUCGCUGGGAUGGGCCUUCGGGAAGGGAUCGAAGACGCAAUUCUGGUGCAACAUGGAUUGGUGGGGUCAGCGCGUCGGCUGGGACGCUUACGUCCACAACUGGAAGGAUGCCCCAAAGAUCACCAAAUGGCACAUCCGUGACGACGGCGUCUACGACGAGUGGCGCGGUCGCAAAUGGCGGAAUCUGAAGUCUGAGUGAAAUUCUCCAUCGUCUAGCUCAUCUUUCCAACGCAUCCAACAUCGCUCAAAUAAAAAGAAAUAUCGACGAGAAUUUCG